ACAGCAGUGACAAAGACACAUGUGGCAAUCCUUGAAAAAGUCAGUUUAUGUCAUAAACUGAAUUUAUAAUCUGGGAAGCAUUGUCAUCAGGCCUUGUCUUUAGUAACUUCACCUUUCCCUUUUUCUUGUUCUGUUUUGCCCACAUCUAAGCACAGUGUUGACAAGCAACUUAUCAAUAGGGAGCAAAUCACUUAUUUUGGUCAUAUUUCUAUGGCCAUAUCUUUUACCUAUCAAAUCCAGCAUACAUAAGUCCAUCCAUAUACUGUAUUUUUCUCUCCAGGGUAGAGAGUUAGAAGUCAGGAUUCUGAAAGAUUUACUAGCAAAUUUUGACAACAAAUUGUUAUCCAUGAGCAGAAUCAGCCCAAUUCUCCUGUUGGUAAUAGUAGUUGUUGCUGUUUUAUUUUUUGUCUUUGGUCUUCUUCAUCUUCUGAUUAGGUAUUGUUUAAAGAUGCCUUCUUUUUCAUCACUUUCUCAUUCCAAUAGAAUCCCAGAAUCAAGUAGUUCUCAGGCUCUACAAAGGCAGCUUCAACAGCUCUUUCGGCAACAUGAUUCUGGUUUAGACCAAUCUAUCAUUGAUACUCUGCCUGUGUUUUUGUAUAAGGAUAUUAUGGGGUUGAAGGAGCCAUUUGAUUGUGCUGUUUGUUUAUGUGAAUUUUCAGAACAUGACAAACUCAGAUUGCUCCCUUUGUGUAGUCAUGCUUUUCACAUCCAUUGUAUAGACACAUGGCUCUUAUCAAACUCAACUUGUCCUUUAUGUAGAGGUGUAAUUACUUCAGGAAUUUCUAUGGGAAACUCCUUGUUUAGCUCUAAUUAUGAGUCAAGAGAACAUUGGAAUUUCCAUUUGGAAGAUGGAAUUAGACAGAGUCACAAGCCAGGAGUACUCAUGCAAGAAAAUGUUGGAGAAAUGAGAGUUUUCUCAGUUAGAUUAGGUAAGUACAAAAAUGUAAAUGAAGGGAGUGAAAAUUAUGAAGACAAAAGUCAAGGGGAAAUUAGCAGCAGCAAUUUGAAUGCAAGGAGAUGUUUCUCAAUGGGUUCAUUUCAAUAUGUGGUUGGUGAUUCAGAAUUGCAGAUAGCUUUGCCCAAUGUGAAGAUUCUCAAAGCUAAGUGUGAGAACAACAAUUUUGGGGCUACUACAGUAACAGAAGGAAAAAAGAUCAGUGCUAGGACUAAAGGAGAGAGCUUCUCUGUUUCAAAGAUUUGGCUUUGGUCUAAGAAAGGCAAUUCCUCAUGUUCUUCAGAAACAAAUGUUGGUGGACUAUCUCUUAAUCUAGAUAUUCUCAUAACAAACAGAACUCAGUUUGUGUAACAAUAGUGCAAAAAUUGUUAUUGGUUUUACAAAGUGCUGAAAUAGACAUCAAUGCUUACAUCC